AUGAGCGGCGUCGCGCUGCGCUCUCUGUGCGCUCUGUGCCGCGCCCGCGCGCCCGUGAGUAGGGGCUCGCCCGCGGCCGCGGGGAGCGCGUGGGUCCGACCGCGGGGCCCAAGCAGCGGGAGGCGCCCGGGCCCCGGCACCUCUGGGGCGGUGAGGGUGGCUCCUGGCCAAACGCGGGCUGGGAGCCGGGUCUGGUCUCGGUGCCCUCGGGGGCCCGGCCGUCGCAUCCCGGUAGAGGAGGUCCGCCGAAGCCGCCGCCUUCUGCCCCUGGACGGUUCCCCGCUCGUCCUCGGGAUGUCACACACCGUCGCAAACGGAGGAUUAAUUCCCGCCGAGAAGCUGCCGCCCCGUGGCACGCACCCUGCGCCCUACGGGGCUUGUCCUUCCGUGACAGAGUGGGAAACCCCCUGGAGCCAUGCCCCGACGUGUGCGGGCGUGCUCCGGCCCGCAACUGGGGAACCGCUGACCCCCGCUGCUGAGGAGAUAUGUCUGCUUCCAAAUAACAAACUGCCCUGUCCCCUUUCUCCCCAGCUGGUGCCUUUCCUGGCCUCAGGGGCACUCUGGAGGCAGUCCUGGCUAGCAUACAGCACCAAGGAGGAGAGGCCUGUUGGGCGGUACCCAGUACCCAACAAGAAGGACAUGCCAUAUGACAUCGUGGAGCUCAUGGAGGAAGUAGAGAAGAAGACUGGAUUCCUGCCCAAUAUCUUCAAAGCUAUGUCUCACAGACCUGCUGAAUUCAGAGCUUUUUUUGCUUACUACAAUGCCAUUAUGAACAAAGACACAGGGCAGCUCAGCAAGGCAGACAAAGAACUCAUCAUUGUGGCUACAAGUGUUGUGAACAGAUGUCCCUACUGUGUGAUUGCGCAUGGAGCACUGCAUCGGAUCUACUCCAAGCAGCCAGCACUGGCUGACCAGGUGACUGUGAACUGGAAGCUGGCUGACCUGAGCGACCGGGAGCUGGCAAUGCUGGAGUUUGCUCUCGCCAUCUGCCGUGCUGACAACAUCACUGAAGAGCAUUUCCAGAAGCUGGAGAGGCAUGGGUUUGGCCGUGAAGAUGCCUGGGACAUAGCCAUGAUUUCUGCUUUCUUUGCCAUGUCUAAUCGUAUAGCUCACUUCAUUGACCUGCGCCCAAACAGGGAGUUCUACACUAUGGGCAGGAUGCCACAUGGGGAGAAGGAGGAUGAAGCUUAGUGUGCCUGAUACGGCUCUCUGAUGCCUCUGUAUGUGAGUGACUCUAAAAUCUCAA